UUGUCACCAUAAGUGAUAAACUGUUAUUGAUAGGAAUCCACAAUGAGCCAUGAUCACCAAAUGGCUCAGCAUUUUGUACAAUGCCAACUCUGUACAAACAACGUUCAAUUUCUAUGUAAACCUUGUAAUAUAAAACUGUGUGAGAACUGUGUGGGUGGGCAUCUUCAAAAUAAAACCCCGGAAGCUCAUCAAUUUAUUCAUUAUCACAAGUUCCGGGGUCAAAAGUCAGUAAUGGACGAUCCGGAAGUUGUUGCGGUGAUCACGUGUCCCUAUAACAAUAUGUUAGAUAUUGCACGACAAGGAGACAGUUAUUUUUAUGUUUGUAGUUCUCUCAGUCGGCACAUUUCUAAACACGAUUUCAAGCAAAAUCUGGCAAUAGACAGCAAACUUGCAGCUUUUUGGCCCCAACGGCUGGCACACGUUGGAAAUACUAUUUUAUAUACAGAACGAAAUAAUAAUGUUGUGAACAGAGUUACUGACAAGGGUGAAACGCAGAUUCUCUUUAGUACUGGUGAUUGGAAUGCUCAUGGUAUUGCAUGUACUGCAUCUGGAAAUAUUCUUCUAGGUUUACACAAAAUAAAAGUCGGAAAGCUCGCAGUAUUUGAUAUGAAAGGAAACGUGGUCAAAGAAGUCGAAUCGAACAACGGCAACCCCUUAUAUACAAAUCCUUAUUACGUCACAGAAAAUACAAAUGGCGACUUGUGUGCAGCAGAUAUUGUACUUGCUUCCGUGAUCGUCGUAGACAGCACUGGCUUGUUCCGGUUCUCCUAUACCGGAAAUCCGUCAAUUGCUAAAGGAUUCGAUCCACAUGGUGUCGCUGCUGACAGCCAAUCAAAUCUCGUCGUUGCCGAUUGGGCAACGCGAAAGUUGCAUCUUAUUAACGAAACAGGAAAUUUCUUGCGUUAUUUGGAUUUCUUUGUAAAUGAGUAUAUGGCGGAGAUGCCCACUGGUGUUUGCAUUGAUCCAGAUGAUUUGCUUUUUGUCUGUGGACAUGAUAGUGUAAAGGUCAAGGUCAUGAAAUAUUUGCAAUAAAAGUGGGUGCGUUCGCAUUCAGUGGCGGAUCCAGAAAUGUACAUAGAUAUGCCAUCCUAGUUCUUACAGUGAUGGACAUCAUUAACAGUGUAUCUGACUUUUUUAAUUUGGCUUGCCACUCGAACUGUAGAUUAUGCAUUUAUUAAAGUAUUAUGACUUACAACCACACUUUUUAAAAUCAAGAUUGUUUAUUUAUUAUAGAAUUAUACUGAAAAUUUAAAAAAAGAAAGCAAGGGGGACUAAG